ACCUGAUCAAACGAGACAGUUGAAACAAGUGACAAAAAUCUUGGGUGUCAAGCGAAACUAUGGCAUUUGUGAAGUAUUUGUGUGUGAUCUUAAUCUUGACUUUGUCUUCCGCUUUGCCGAAUCCCCGUCAGGAAUACGAUGACGAGUAUCGCUUCGAAAUAAUAGGAGAUUUUGACCAAAAAGCAAUUUCUCCCGUUCAACCCAAUACUUAUUUCUCGGAUAUUCACAUUGGAACAGUGAAAGUGCUCAAUGACAGUCUUCUGGACAUCAAAUUCACCGGAGAUGUCUUCGAUCUUGUCACCAAAUACGCUCAUAAUGGCCGAGGAUCUGAAUUAUCUGAGCUCCUCUUUUUCAAUGGCAAAAUGUACACAUUUGAGGACAAGACAGGCAUAAUUUUUGACGUCACAGACAAUCGACUCGUGCCUUGGGUGAUUCUAGGUGACGGAUUCGGCAACGAAACCAACGGUUUCAAGUGCGAAUGGGCCACAGUGAAAGACGAUCACAUUUAUGUUGGAUCCAAUGCAAGGGAAAAUUUCCUCAAUACCGGUGAAAUUGAGAAUCGCAACAAUUUCUACGUGAAGAAAGUGAAUAAAGAUGGUAAAGUGAUUCAUGAGAACUGGUUCGAACACUAUGACAAGAUUAGAAAUAGCCUGGAAAUGCCCUUUCCCGGAUUCAUCGUUCACGAAGCUUGCGUUUGGUCACCUAUCAAUAACCAGUGGAUCUUUCUGCCCAGAAAAUGCACUCCCCAAUCUAUCUUUAACGUCACCGAAGACUACAUUGGAUGCAACAAAAUCAUCUUCGCCAGUGAAGAUUUCUCCACAAUUACACACGUAGACAUUCAAGCAAAUCCUCAGCCUCCAGAGCGUGGAUUCUCAAGCUUCAAAUUCCUCCCAGAUUCUGAUGAAACAAUCAUUGUUGGAUUAACAACUGUUGAGACUCCAGAAGCCGUCACAACGUCAAUAAUAGCAAUAGAUCUCGAAGGAAGAGUUCUCUUUCCAGAGACGAAGAUAAUUGAUGACAAAUACGAAGGUUUGGCUUUUUUCAAGCACGUCAUUAGCCAAGGAAACCUUUUGGAAAUUGUGUCCUGGAAAAUAAUCCUUUUGACAGUGUUUCUUCUCCUCAGAUAAGUAACUAUAACAAGUUCUCUUAAUCAAAAAUAUGUAUAUGCCAGAAAUGAUAUUUAUCAAAUCAGUGUUAAAUGUUCACUUAGUAAAUUAAAUAGAGAAAGAUUCAGUAAAUUUGCAAAAAUAAAUCAACAUGGUGGAAGUAAGAUGAAAUCUUGUGAAUCUAUGGGACAUUAUAUGAAUAUAAAUAUUUCUCCAAUAAAUAUUUCUUUUUCUUCUACAUAACCCUUUAGAGUCAGCAGAUCUAACCCAAAGUAACCGGAUAUUCUUGUUUCCAAUUGCAGACCAUCUGUAUUCCUACACUCAUUACUUUCACAAUGUUUUCUACAUUUUAGAGUUGAGUAAUGUCCCGAACCAAACAGAGUUUCUCAAUUCCAGAUAAACAAACAAAUCUGUUGAUCACCAUUUUU